AUGGACCCCUCAGCCGACACUACCGAAGCAACCGACCGUCCGUACGACGAUGACGCCGAUGAAGCCACCCGCAUUGCCUCCCUCGCAGCCGGUAUUCGCGACCAAGACGACCUUGAACGAGACAUCGGCAGGCAAGCAGACGCCCUGCUUAUCGAACAGGCAGACGAACGCGACAAUAAACGUCUCGAACGUACGAAAGCCGACAAAGCCCGUCUCGACGGCCAAGUUCAUCGAUUGGAGAAGAAGUUGUCCGAGUUCGGCAACCAAGCAACCAAGAACAGAUAUCGCGCCGAGAUUGCCAACUACAAGACACAAAUCGAAGGUCUACAAACCGACUUGGAUCAGAUCCAAAAGCGAAUCGAAGACAGGAAGAAUGAGGCUGCUGCAACUGGAGACACUCUGCUGGGAGAGGCGGGCAACCAGAAGUUGCCUGGCGAGAGUCAGAGGGACUUUUUGAUCAGAACGGGAAAGAUCACGCCCUUCUCCAAGAUGGGUAGACAGUUGUUACGUACUUCGUCAAGUCUGGCUGAAGUCAUGUUUGAUGCUGAAGAGGAAGAGGACGAGGAAAUGGCAGAUCAGGAACUCCAAGCUGAUGCACAGCGGUCACAUCGUAAUUUGAGAGUGCCCGGCUUUGCAGAGGAUGAGAAGAGUGAGCCUGAAGAGGAAGACGAAUUUCCGGAAGAAAGGCCCAGCAAGAGACGAAGGCUACAAUCGAAGGGUAAAGGCAAGGAUUCCGCGGGAGAAGACGAGGACGUCGACCUGGAGUCUGCCCCAGAAGAGGAAGAAGACGAAUACAUACCAGACUUGGACGACAAGGAACUCGCUGCUGUCGGAGAGUCGAACGAUGAGGAGGAGCCAGAAGACGAGGAUGUCGAUGGCGAUUUCUCUCUGGGCACCUCUGGAACCAACAAGCGCAAAAAGGGUGCGAAGAAGGUUACGAAAAAAUCACAACAAGCAGCCGACUCCCAAGAAGAUCUCGCUGGAAUCGACGACGGCAACGAGAAAGUAUAUCAAGACAGAUUACAGAGCUGGGUCAGGCGGCGAAGUGCUGCACGUCGGAAACAUCAAGGUGCAGCCAAGCCUACAGGAGGAGCAGUCGAUGUCGACACGGAACAAGAUGAAGACGAAGGGCAUCCAACAGAUCAGGAAGGCGAAGAUGAAUGGCAUUUGCCACAUCCGACACAGACAGACGCAGAGUUCGAGGGCGGCUACCGGAUACCUGGUGAUAUCUACCCAUCGCUCUUCGACUACCAAAAAACUGGUGUCCAAUGGCUAUGGGAGCUCUACUCACAACAGGUCGGCGGCAUCAUCGGAGAUGAAAUGGGUCUAGGCAAGACCAUCCAGAUCAUAUCCUUUAUUGCUGGUCUACAUUAUUCAAAGAAGGUCACGAAACCCAUCCUCAUCGUAUGUCCAGCAACAGUCAUGAAGCAAUGGGUCAACGAGUUUCAUCGUUGGUGGCCACCUUUAAGAGUCUCCAUUCUUCACACUUCUGGAAGUGGCAUGCUUGAUGUGAAGCGAGAAGACAAAUUGGAGGACAACUUGGACAAUUUCGAUUUCGAUGGCAACCCGAUCAAACCCUCCAAGGGUAACAAGUCCGCGAAGCGUAUCGUGGACAAGGUUCAGAGAGAUGGUCACGUUCUUGUAACGACAUACUCUGGCUUGCAAACUUAUGCUGAGCAUCUCAUCCCCAUGGAAUGGGAGUAUUGUGUUUUGGAUGAAGGCCACAAGAUCAGAAACCCCAACACGGCGAUAACAAUCUACAGUAAAGAGAUUCGCACACACAACAGAAUCAUUCUCUCUGGUACUCCGAUGCAGAAUAAUUUGACAGAACUUUGGUCUCUGUUUGACUUUGUGUUUCCGAUGAGACUCGGCACUUUGGUCAGCUUCAAGUCACAGUUUGAAACCCCAAUCAAGCAGGGUGGCUAUGCUAACGCAUCCAACCUGCAAGUCGAGACGGCCAUGAAGUGUGCAGAAACACUGAAGGAUACGAUCAGUCCUUACCUUCUCCAGCGAUUUAAAGUGGAUGUGGCAUCUGAUCUGCCCAAGAAGAGCGAAAGAGUCUUGUUCUGUAAGCUGACCAAACCUCAGCGUGAUGCCUACGAGUACUUCUUGAACUCUGGUGAUAUGACUGCUAUUUUGAACGGCAAGCGACAGGCACUCUUCGGCAUCGAUAUUCUGCGCAAGAUCUGCAAUCACCCUGACUUGACCGAGCACAAGACCUUGUCUAUCAGAAGCGAUUACAACUAUGGCAAUGCCAACAAGUCCGGAAAGAUGCAAGUCGUCAAAGCUUUGCUCGAAAUCUGGAAGAAGAAUGGUCACAAGACGUUGCUGUUCGCUCAACAUCGUAUCAUGCUGGACAUCCUCGAAAGAUUUGUCAGAGAAAUGGGUGCGAUCAACUAUCUUCGCAUGGAUGGUAACACCUCCAUCAAGGAUAGACAGACCCUCGUCGACAAGUUCAACAAGAAUCCUGACUUGCAUGUCUUCCUCCUCACCACAAAAGUAGGAGGACUGGGUGUGAAUUUGACCGGUGCAGAUCGAGUUAUUAUCUACGAUCCUGAUUGGAACCCAUCCACUGACGUUCAAGCCAGAGAAAGAGCCUGGCGAUUAGGCCAAAAGCGCGAAGUUGAGAUCUACCGCUUGAUGACCGCCGGUACCAUCGAGGAAAAGAUCUACCAUCGACAGAUCUUCAAGCAAUUCUUGACCAACAAGAUCUUGCGCGAUCCAAAGCAGAGACAGACAUUCCAGCUAAGAGACCUACACGACCUGUUUACUCUAGGCGAAGCAACCGCAGACGGCCAAACAGAGACAGGCAGUAUUUUCAAAGGCACAGAAGUCCAACUCUCUGGCCCUAAGGCCGAUGCGCCAGACACCAAACUCCAAGAACAAGAACAAGCCUCAGCAACCAGCGCAGUCGAGAAAGCAGCCAAGGAGAAAGAGAUGCAAUCUAUUAUCGGCAUAUCCCACGCCGAAGACUUCCAAGGUGAGGAAGAGAACAAACCAGCUCCAGCAGCAAAUGAAGAUGGCACCGAGGGCCCAACAAACACCAGAGAUGAACGCAUGCUCGGCGCCAUCUUCGCCCGUUCAGGUGUCACCUCCGCCCUCUCCCACGACGACAUCAUCAGCGGAAAUUCGGGGUCUCGCAAAGUGACAGCUGACCCUGAGAUCAUCGCCAAAGAAGCGAAACGCGUUGCCGCCCUUGCAGCAGCCGAGCUCAAGAAAGCUGGCGAGAUAGCAAGAUCCCUGCCUGCAGGAAGUGUGAGUUGGACAGGCACUUUUGGCACUGCAGGACGGCCCGAAACUCCAGCCCGCAGAGGCGGCUUUGCAUCUUCCUCGCGGGGUGGAAGGGGAGGCGCGAGGGGUGGUCCGUCAAGUACUUCAAUCCUCUCCAAUCUCUCUGCCCGUCAAAACCUCACUAGACCUUCUGCAUCUACACCUGCUACCUCGACCACUGCUUCUCGAGCGGGUACACCCGCAUCGCCUCACCAACCCAAAGGCAGAGAGUUUUUGGCUUUGAUCAGAGAUUACUUGCUCGCUCAUGGAGGCAAAGUGUACACGCAGAAUUUGAUUGAUCAUUUCAACAGGGUUUGCGGUAGUGCGCAGAGGACGGCCGAGUUCAAGGAGAUGUUGAAGGUUAUCGCGGUGCUCGAGAAGGGAAGCAGAGGAAGGGGCAAGUGGGUGCUUAGGGAGGAGUACAAGAAAGGAGUCUAA